GACUGUCCGGGGCAAUCAUGGCUGCUUCUGCCUCCAACCCUUUCUCUCCAGGAUAUGUUACCUGACCUAAUAUCUUCUUUUUCAUUUACUUGUUCCCUCAAGCCAGAUCCGUUGAUUACUGGCUUUCUCUGACCGCAAUGCCGCUUUCCUCCUUUCUCCGCAUCAGCCCCCGCUUGACGCCGAUUGUAACACGCAGAGCCACUUCCACAGUUUCAAAUGCCGCAAGAUGUCAGGCUUCCUUGAAUUCCAUCCUCAUUGCCAAUAGAGGAGAGAUUGCCUUACGAGUCGGGAGGACUGCUGCUCAACAUGGCAUCCGGGUAACAACACUUUAUACAGACCCUGAUAGCCAAGCCCAACAUGCCCUAAGUUCGCCAUUUGCGUUUAACCUCGGCGCUGUUUCUGCGUAUCUCGAUGGAGACCGUAUAAUAGACAUUGCUAAACGAGAGGGCUGUCAAGGAAUACACCCAGGCUAUGGAUUUUUAAGUGAGAACCCGGAAUUUGCACGUAAAUGUACGGAAGCUGGGUUAGUCUUCAUCGGGCCUCCAUGGAAAGCCAUUGAGGAUAUGGGUGACAAGAGCCGUUCGAAAGAGAUCAUGACAGCCGCAGGCGUUCCUUGCGUUCCAGGAUAUCAUGGGGCCAACCAGGAUGCCAACCUCCUGGAGAAAGAGGCGGACAAGAUAGGAUACCCAGUACUGAUCAAGGCAAUCAAAGGAGGCGGCGGGAAGGGGAUGCGCAUAGCCGGUUCAAAGGCCGAAUUUCAAGACCAGUUACGGUCCGCAAAAUCGGAAGCGAUGAACUCAUUUGGUGACGACCACGUAUUGGUGGAGAAGUACAUCACCACACCACGACACAUCGAAGUACAAGUGUUUGCAGACAAGCACGGGAAUUGUGUUGCGCUGGGAGAGCGGGAUUGCAGUAUACAACGGCGACAUCAGAAGAUCCUGGAAGAAUCCCCGGCUCCUGAUCUUGCAGUUACGAAGAGGAAAGACCUCUGGGAAAAGGCUCGGGCGGCUGCAUUGGCUGUGGGCUACGAAGGUGCUGGCACGGUUGAGUUUAUUUUUGACAACGACACUGGGGAGUUUUUCUUCAUGGAGAUGAACACCAGAUUACAAGUUGAGCACCCGGUGACGGAGAUGGUUACUGGCCAGGAUCUAGUUCAUUGGCAGAUCCUCGUGGCAGAAGGUGCAGCACUCCCAUUAACGCAGGAAGAGGUUGAGGCCAGAAUAGGUGCCGGCGGGCAUGCCAUAGAGGCCAGGAUAUACGCAGAGAACCCAGAACAGGGCUUCAUACCUGACUCCGGCCGUCUGGUGCAUGUUCGUACGCCAGAGGUCACCAGCGACACCAGGAUAGACGCAGGCUUCACCGUCGGAGACGAUGUCUCUGCGCACUAUGAUCCUAUGAUCUCGAAACUUAUCGUCAGGGGUGCUACCAGGCAAGAAGCGAUCCGCAAAUUAGCAGCUGCACUGGAGAAGUAUGAAAUCGCAGGCCCGAUCACCAACAUCGAGUUCUUAAAGACCCUUUGCAAGAGUCGCGACUUCGUAGACGGCAAGGUCGAGACGGGAUACAUCGAAAAUCACCACUUAGAAUUGUUCGCGAAACCACCAAUCGAAAAGGAGGUUCUUGCGCAAGUUGCCCUCGCAUGUCUGCAUGGCUCCGAUGGCAAUGGCGCUGCUUUAGAGUCGCACAACCGCACAAAUGCCACAAGACCGGCAGGAGCCCCUGUUGGAUUCAGUCCAGGGUACCAGCAGCGGCGAUUCACCUUUUCCAGUUCCAAAAAUCCGGAAGAGGACGGAACAGUGUUCGAUGUCGAGCUUCAGGAAAUCGGAACGAACAUGUUCAACGUGACAGUUGGAGAGCAGGUCUUUGAACACGUGAUCAGCCACAUGGAUCCUAUUUCGCAGGUGGUCACCUCAUUCUUCCCGCACACCCGGCUGGACACUACCGUGAUCCGGGACGAAGACUCGAUCACUGCAUUUCAGCGAGGGAGUCAAUAUCGACUGAUACUACCGCGAGCGAAAUGGAUGGAUAAGGCGCUGGGGACGAAGGAUGUGGCCAACAGUGUGCUGGCACCGAUGCCGUGCAAAAUCUUGCGGGUGGAGGUUGCAGAGGGGGCGUCGGUGGAGAAGGACCAGCCGCUGGUGGUGAUUGAGAGUAUGAAGAUGGAGACAGUCAUCCGCAGCCCGCAUCGGGGCGUCAUUUCUCGAGUAAUACAUCGGGCAGGGGACCAGUGCAAAAGCGGAACGCCGCUAGUGGAAUUCGUCGGGGAAAACUCUCCGUAGGCCGAACGAGUCGGUCAAGGCGAGAAUCCAGGGAUCCGAAGGUCAUGUCUCAUUAGGCAGGAGCAACAAAGUGGUGGGGAUGUUACUUUGGAUAUGGAUACCAGAUGGAGAUUGUGGAGUCUGGACCGUGAAGAGGGGAAGCGGAAAUGCACGCACCAUUCAAUCCGUACGGAGAUAGACAGCGAUAUCAGCCAUAAUAUUAGGGGAGGAAGACGGAUACCAAUGGUUAUCGAGUCGACUCGUAUACGCAGCAAGUAGCGGAAGUACAGCUGCAAAAGCAACGACUAGAAUCAGCGAAGAUGGUCAUGUGCCCUGACUGAUCACGGGACCGUAUGCGUCGCGGGGAAACUGAGGCAUUUCGUGGUGCCGACGUGCGUUCCAGAAACUGCUGAUCAACCAAGCUCUAUCUAAUUGAUAUUAGUUAAUAAUAUCGUAAGACCAGAGAAAUCAAUAAUAGUCCCUUCCUGGCUGUCACGGAACUGAGAAAAAG